AUCUUCUAAGAAUUUCACUAAAAUGCAAAUUCUAAUUCAGCAGAUAUAGGGCAGGGCUUGAGGUGCUGUCUAAUAAGCUCCCAGCACCUGGGACCACACUUUGAGGAGAAGAGCUGUGUGUGCCCCAAUGUGGGCCAGUGGGUACUCUGGGGUCCCUCUCAUGGGCAGGGAAGCUGAGGGCCCCAUGAGCAUUCCCAGCUUCCUGAAGGCACCCCAUUGAUGAGAGCUGACUGUGCUGUGCUUUGCUGACCGCAGGGCCUGCUCCCUGCCCCCUACCUCCAGGUUGGGGUAAGUGGCACCUCUCUCCCGCCAGCUCCGCAGUCUUCCCUGAGGUUUAGGUCUUCCAGGUUUAUAAAGUCAGGCCCUCCUGUCGGCAGCUGGUCUCCACCCUGGAGUAUCUGAGCUUGCCUAUUGCAGCAUCUAAAGAUAGUCUCCCUCACAGGAAACAAGAUACUAUUGGCUAACUCUGCAAAUAAAAUGCUCUUAGAGGGAAGGAAAGGGAAAUACUCGUCUCUGGUAGAGUCUGCACAGGACAGGGUGGCUGAUUGGCAGAUCCAGAGGUUCCCUUGGCAGUCCACGCCAGGCUGUCACCAUGGAUCCGUUCCCUGAAUCAGUUACAGAAAACUUUGAGUACGAUGAUUCGGCUGAAGCCUGUUAUAUUGGGGACAUCGUGGCCUUUGGGACAGUGUUCCUGUCCAUAUUCUACUCCGUUGUCUUUGCCAUUGGCUUGGUGGGAAAUUUGUUGGUAGUGUUUGCCCUCACCAACAGCAAGAAGCCCAAGAGUGUUACCGACAUUUACCUCCUGAACCUGGCCUUGUCUGAUCUGCUGUUUGUAGCCACCUUGCCCUUCUGGACUCACUAUGUGAUAAAUGAAGAGGGCCUCCAAAACGCCAUGUGCAAAUUCACUACUGCCUUCUUCUUCAUCGGCUUUUUUGGAAGCAUAUUCUUCAUCACCAUCAUCAGCAUUGAUAGGUACCUGGCCAUCGUCCUGGCCGCCAACUCCAUCAACAACCGGACCGUGCAGCAUGGCGUCACCAUCAGCCUAGGUGUCUGGGCAGCAGCCAUUUUGGUGGCAGCACCCCAGUUCAUGUUCACAAAGCAGAAAGAAAACGAAUGCCUUGGUGACUACCCUGAGGUCCUCCAGGAAAUCUGGCCCGUGCUCCGCAAUGUGGAAGCAAAUUUUCUUGGCUUCCUACUUCCCCUGCUCAUUAUGAGUUACUGCUACUUCAGAAUCAUCCAGACGCUGUUUUCCUGCAAGAACCACAAAAAAGCCAAAGCCAUCAAACUGAUCCUUCUGGUGGUCGUCGUGUUUUUCCUCUUCUGGACACCCUACAACGUUAUGAUUUUCCUGGAGACGCUUAAGCUCUACGACUUCUUUCCCAGUUGUGACAUGAGGAGGGAUCUGAGGCUGGCCCUCAGUGUGACCGAGACAGUUGCAUUUAGCCAUUGUUGCCUGAAUCCUCUCAUCUAUGCAUUUGCUGGGGAGAAGUUCAGAAGAUACCUUUACCACCUGUAUGGGAAAUGCCUGGCUGUCCUGUGUGGGCGCUCAGUCCAUGUUGAUUUCUCCCCAUCUGAAUCACAAAGGAGCAGGCAGGGAAGUGUUCUGAGUAGCAAUUUUACUUACCACACGAGUGACGGAGAUGCGUCCCUCCUUCUCUGAAGGGACUCCCAAAGCCUUGUGUCUACAGAGAACCUGGAGUUCCUGAACCUGAUGCUGAAUAGUCAGGAAAGAUUUUUGUUGUUGUUUCUUACAGGCACAAAGUGGUGGACCCAAUGCACACAAAACCACCCUCGAGUGUUGUUGAGAAUUGUGCUCAAAAUUUGAACAAUGAACAAAUUGAACUCCCUUACUGCAAAUGUCAUCAGAACUUUUUGGUUUGCAGAUGACAAAAAUUCAAUUCAGCCUAGUUUAGUUAAAAGGCCGGGGGGUGAAUAUUGUUCAUAUUGUGGCAUAACAAAAGUGUGUCUGAGCCCUCAAAGUGAGGGGAAACCAGGGCCUGCACCUAGCUAGAAUUCCCUCUCUCUGACACUCAAAUCUUUGAGUUAUUAUAGAUCCCCCAGACUUACAUGACACAGUUUUACCACCAGAGAGGGGCUGACACCCAUGCUUCUCUGGUCCCAAGGGCAAAAUUCCCAGGGAAGUGCUCUGAUAGGCCAAGUUUGUAUCAGGUGUCCAUCCCUGGACGGUGCUGUUAUCCAUGGGGAAGGGAUAUGUAAGACGGAAGCUUCCAGUCCAAUCUCACUGACAGAUAAGCAGAAGUACAUAUUUCCAAGAAGUUGAAUUUGCACUGUUUUGAUGACACAGAACAAAUGCCACACACCACCCUUACCAUGUGCCUGACCCAGCCUCUCCCCUGAUUACACCAGCAUCAUUUUCAUUAAGCCCUCCUCCAUCACAUCCCCAAACCUAUAAGGGCUCCCCACUGCCUACUGCAUUGAGUCAAAAUUCAAAUGCUUGGCUUCUCAUACCUCCAUCAUGGGAUCCUACCAACAGAUUCCCCAUUGCCGCCUCCUUCCCAAAGGGCUCCACCCAUCCUAUCAGCCUGUCUCUUCCAUACGACCUAAUGCAUCUCCACCUGCUCCCAGGCCAGUAGGGGAAACAGAAAAACCCUGCCCCCAAAUAAGAAGGGAUGGAUUCCAACCCCAAUUCUGGUAGCUUGGGACUAAUUGAGCUUCAGUUUCCUUGUCUAUAGAAGAGGGAUAAGCCUUUCACAUAGAGAUCAUCCUUUCCAGCAGAAGGAACUAGCCACCAACUCUUGCAGGUCUCAACCUUUUUGUCUGCUUCUUAGACUUCUGCUUCCCCCACACCUGGCAUUGCUGUGCUAUGCCCAAGUUGUGGUGCUGACAAAACUUAGAGAAGCCUGCAGGUGCUGCUGCGUGGCAUAGCACAGACACAGAAGAGGCUGUUUCUUACGAUGGCACCCAGUGAGCACUCCCAAGUCUACAGAGUGAUAGCCUUCCCUAACCCGACUCUCCUGGACUGUCUUGAAUAUCCCCUCCCAAUCACCUUGUGGCAAGCCCCUGCCCAUCUGGAAACAUACGCCGUCAUUCAUGCCACUCCCAACCUGGGGAGCCAGGGUCAUGGGAGUAGCUUUUUUUCCCCCCUAGAAACGUUUGAAACAAUCUAAAGCUUUAAAGCUUGAAAACCAAUUGUAAUAAUGCUAAAGAAAAUGUCAUCCAAUCUAACCACAUCAAUAUUGUCAUUCCUGUAUUCACCCAUCCAGACUUUGUUCACACUCUCACAUGUUUAGAGUUGCAGUCGUCAUGUACAGAUGGUUUUAUAAUCUGAUUUGUUCUCUUCUUCACAUUUGACCACAAAUAGUGCUCGCUUUCUAUGUAGUUUGGUAAUUAUCAUUUUAGAAGACUCUACCAGACUGUGUAUUCAUUGAAGGCAGAUGUGGUAUCUGAUAAAUUGCUGUGUAUCUGAUAGCUCUUUGGCAGUCUUCAUGUUUGUAUAAUGAAUGAGAGAAUAAGUCAUGCUCCUUCAAGAUCAUGUACCCCAAUUUACUUGCCAUUACUGUAUUGGUAAACAUUUAACUUGUUUCCAAUGUUUAGCAAAUACAUAUUUUAUAGAACUUCCAU